AUGGCUCGCCGCGAUAGGCUGGAACGACGCGGCGGACGAGGUGCACGUGCAUCCAGGCGAGCGCGUUACCCGGGCUUCCUGGAAUCCGACGACAUGGAAGACGAGGAUACGGGCGAAGGUGGUCUGCUUUCACAAAUGAAACGUCGCACAAGAAGGCAGUAUGAUGAGCGCCGCGACAUGGACGACCUUGAGGGUGUUGAAGACGAAAUCCCGCUUGAGCAACUGAGCGAUAUCAAGGCGAAGUCUAUUGCUGAGUGGAUCGCCAACGAACGUGUCCGCCGUUCGAUUGUCAGGCAUUUUCGGCAGUUCUUGAUGACUUACGUUGACGACAAUGGCGCGUCAGUGUACGGCCAGCGGAUUCGUAACCUUGGUGAAAACAACUCGGAGUCGCUGGAGGUCUCCUAUCUUCAUCUAGCCAUGUCCAAGCCGAUUCUCGCUUACUUCCUCACAAAUUCUCCUUCCGCAAUGCUGGCAAUCUUUGACGAGGUCGCCCUGAAUGCCAUCCUCGUCUAUUACCCUUCAUAUGAGCGGAUCCACUCGGAGGUGCAUGUGCGCAUUACGGACCUGCCCCUCAGCUCGUCCCUCCGUGAUCUCCGUCGCAGUAACUUGAAUAAUCUCGUCCGAGUAUCUGGAGUCGUGACCAGGCGUACUGGCGUCUUCCCUCAGCUGAAAUACGUUAAGUUCGACUGCAGAAAGUGCGGCGCGGUUCUCGGUCCGUUUUACCAGGAUGCGACGAAGGAGGUUAGAAUCAGCUAUUGUCCUAAUUGCGAGAGCAAAGGCCCCUUCUCCGUGAAUUCAGAGCAGACUGUGUACAGGAACUACCAGAAGAUGACUCUGCAGGAGUCUCCCGGCUCUGUUCCUCCCGGUCGUCUGCCUAGGCACCGCGAGGUUGUGCUUCUCUGGGACUUGAUCGAUUCUGCCAAGCCUGGCGAAGAGAUCGAAGUUACGGGCAUCUACCGCAAUAACUUCGAUGCCUCGCUGAACUCGAAGAAUGGCUUCCCUGUGUUCUCAACUAUCAUUGAGGCGAACCACGUCAACAAGAAGGAAGAUCAGUUCGCUGCAUUCCGUCUUACGGAGGAGGACGAAAAAGAAAUUCGCGCGUUAGCACGAGAUGACCGCAUUCGAAAACGCAUCAUCAAGUCCAUUGCCCCUUCCAUCUACGGACACGAGGACAUCAAAACCGCCAUCGCGUUGUCUUUGUUCAGUGGUGUCUCCAAAAAUAUCAACCGGAAGCACCCUCUUCGUGGUGAUAUUAACGUACUCUUGUUGGGAGAUCCCGGUACUGCCAAGUCGCAAUUCCUCAAGUACGUCGAGAAAACAGCGCACCGUUCCGUCUUCGCCACUGGCCAGGGUGCUUCCGCCGUCGGUCUUACCGCGAGUGUGCGCAGAGACCCUGUGACCUGCGAAUGGACGCUCGAGGGAGGUGCACUCGUUCUUGCAGACAAGGGCACCUGUCUGAUCGAUGAGUUUGACAAAAUGAACGACGCGGACCGAACGUCAAUCCACGAGGCCAUGGAGCAACAGUCCAUCUCAAUAUCCAAGGCUGGUAUUGUCACGACCUUGCAGGCGCGCUGCGCCGUCAUUGCUGCGGCUAACCCGAUCCGCGGCCGUUACAACCCGACGAUCCCCUUCCAGCAGAACGUCGAGCUCACCGAGCCAAUUCUGUCGCGUUUCGACGUCUUAUGUGUCGUCAAAGAUGCCGUUGACCCUGUCCAGGACGAGUUGCUCGCACGGUUCGUCGUCGGCAGCCACCUGCGGAGUCAUCCCAAAUUUGACGCGGAUAAGGAUGAGAUGAACGUCGGGACGACGCUUGAUGCAGAUGUGGACACUCUCCGGAAGUACAUUAUGUAUGCCCGCGAGAAGGUCCGCCCCAAGCUGUACGACAUGGACCAGGAGAAGCUUUCUCGGCUCUUCGCCGAUCUCCGUCGCGAAUCGCUCGCAACUGGCUCGUACCCCAUCACCGUCCGCCAUCUCGAAAGUAUGAUCCGCAUGGCAGAGGCGAGCGCGAAGAUGGCGCUGCGCGAGUACGUGCGCGCAGACGACAUUGACACGGCAAUCUCUGUCGCUGUCGGCAGCUUCAUCAACGCGCAGAAGAUGUCGAUCAAGAAAACUCUAGAGCGGGGCUUCCGCAAGUACCUCACUCAAGCGCGCGAUCACGAAGAACUACUCGCAUUCCUCUUGGGUCAAGUUGUCAAAGAAAAGGUUCGCCUGUUUCAGGUCCAACGGCACCAACAGCCGGAUUUUGUUACAGUCAAGGCCUCCGAACUCGAUGAAAGAGCGAAAGAGCACGACAUCUAUGACACUGCGCCCUUCCUGCGCUCGAAGCUGUUCGCCGCGAACGGCUACAAGCUGAAAGACGAUGGCAUCAUUGAGAAGGCAUUCCGUCGGGGCGACGAGUAG